AUGGAAUUGGAUCGCAACCGAGCGUUGAAGCGGAUUCGAGAGGAGUAUAGAGAGAUUGAAUCCAAUCCCUCUGACGAUUUCAUGUGCGGCCAACUCGAGCGGGAAGAAUUUCAAUUUCAAUGGCAAUUUGCAGUCAGAGGCGCUAAAGGAACUGAAUUCGAGGGUGGGAUUUAUCAUGGGCGUGUCCUGUUUCCGGGGGAAUACCCAUCUAAGCCUCCUUCAAUCAUACCUUUGACGGAAAAUGGUCGCUUCAAAACCCAUACCGAGAUCUGUUUAAGUAAGGAAGAAAGGCUUGCCCUGGCCAUCAAAUCGCGUGCAGCAGCCACAAAAGAUAGCCCUUUCGACUUUGAACGUCAGAAGUUAAUUGAUCAGAUUCAUAAAUAUAUGCUAAGCAAGGCACCAGCUGUUCCUUUUCCUUCCAACGGCACAGGGAGCGGUGCUGUUGUCUACAACGUCCCCAACGGCACAGGUGGCGGCGCUGUUGUCUACAACUUCUCCAACGGCACAGGCGGCGGCGCUGCUGUCUACAACUUCUCCAACGGCACAGGCGGCAACGUUAUUGGGAAUGCAUUUCAAGCUACCAAUUCCGACAGGGUUGGAAUUUUGGGUUCUAUGAAUGAGGCCACGGUUGGAAUUUUGGGUUCUAUGGAUGAGGCCUUCAUCAGGGGCGGAGGCCCAUUGUGUUAA